GUCCCUCUCUCUCUCCCUCUCUUUCCACGUACCUACAAGUCCCCCACAUUCCACCCUCCCCAGUUGGAAUUUUGGAAAAUUAAAGUCCAAACUCUCUCUCUCCAUCUCUCUCUCUCAUAUAUGAUCUCUUUCACAUGUAGCUCAAACAAAGUAACUAAUCAAUAGCAACCGAUCUAAUUAAGAAAACAAUAUCAAUGAAGAGCCCUCAAAAUCAUCAGAAACAAAAACCACCUCCAACACCACCACCACAAUCUUCCAUGCAUAUACUUCCCAGUUCCCAUCUCCUCAACUUCACCUCCAUCUUCCUCCUCUUUGCCCUCGGCUUCGCCUUCGGGAUUAUCGCAAGCUUCUACCUCAAAUCUCUCCCUCUCCCUUGCCAGACAACCGAUCAAGUUCUCUCUCUCUUAUCGCCGCCUCCUUCGGAAUCCUUAUCUGCAGUAGUACCACAACGACUAUCACCGCAAAGUACGGCUGUCACGGAAGAGCGCGUGGGGCUGAAGGAUUUUGUGGAACCAAGCACGGCCAUGCACGACAUGACGGAUGACGAGCUGCUGUGGAGGGCGUCGGUUGCACCGCACAUCAAGCGGACGCCGUUCCAACGUUCGCCCAAGGUUGCAUUCCUAUUCCUCACCAGAGGAGAGCUCCCCUUUGCACCCUUGUGGGAGAAAUUCUUUGAGGGGCAUGAAGGGUUGUAUUCGAUCUACGUCCACGCUGAUCCUUCUUACAAUGGGUCGGCGCCAUCCCAGCUUUCGGUUUUCUACGGUCGACGGAUUCCAAGCAAGGCGGUUCAAUGGGGGAAGGUCAGCAUGAUGGAAGCCGAGCGCCGCCUGUUAGGCAACGCCUUGCUCGAUUUUUCAAACGAGCGCUUCGUCCUCCUUUCUGAAUCGUGCAUUCCGCUCUUCAACUUCCCCACCGUUUACUCUUAUCUCGUCAAUUCUACCAAGGUUUAUGUACAAGCCUACGACGACCCGGGUGCCACAGGUCGCGGACGCUACAAAAAACGGAUGGAACCCUUAGUGAAGCUCGAACAAUGGCGUAAGGGCUCUCAGUGGUUCGAGGUCGAUCGUGAUAUUGCGAUCAAAAUAAUCUCGGAUGAUACGUAUUUUCCGGUCUUCAGGAGACACUGCAAAAAAGUUUGUUAUGUGGAUGAGCAUUACUUGCCAACAUUCCUGAGCUCCAAGUAUUGGUGGGCCAGCACAAACAGAAGCUUGACGUGGGUUGAUUGGUCCAGGGGUGGGCCCCAUCCAGCCAGGUUCAUAAGGACGGAUGUGACCAUCGACCUGUUGCAGAUGCUAAGGUAUAACACUACUUCAUGCGCUUACAAUGGUAGAGAUACCAGAGUUUGCUUCUUAUUUGCGAGGAAGUUUUUGCCAAAUUGUUUGACUCGGUUAAUAAGAUUUGCUCCAAAAGUUAUGGGUUUCGGAUAAUCAAAUUUAGGAUUUACAAAUUAUUCUUUUAUUUAUUGAUACCAAUAAUUUGUUACAGUAUAUAUAAAGAGAGAUAUAGUACGCGCGUAUUGUACCAUACAUUUGUGUAUUUUUUGUAAUCUAUUACUCUUUAUGA